CCUGCAAUUAGAUUUGUACAGACUUGUUGUUGUGUCCUCUGAAAUUUUAAAAUUUAGUGAAAAUUUUUAUUUGAUGAAGAAAACAACGUUUUAUAAUUUACAGACGAUAUUGUCGGGUGUUUUGUGUGUCCGUGUUUUUUUUUUUAAUAAAAUUCUGUGAGCGUACUAGUGAAAUCGAAGAACUGAAAGAAAUUUAAGCAUUAAUUCUAAUUCACAAAAUAUAUAGUAUAAAAAAUAACUAAGCAAACAAAAGUGUUGAUAAAAGAUAAUUGUAAACAAAUAAAAAUGAAAUAAAUAAUAAUUAUUACAUAUAAAAUUAUUCUAAAAUAACGAAAAUCAUUGAAAGUACACUACACAACAGUUUAAAAAGUUCCCACUAAAGGCAACACAAUUAGUAUAAAAAUUCCCAAAAACAAAUAAAAAUUAAUAAUAAAUACCGAUAUCAAUAUGUCCACAAAUAUACCAAAAAUAUCAGUUACUGCUGAGUCACAUUCUUCAAAUGGCUAUCAGCACCACCACACAUCGUCUUCGUCUAAUUCUGAGGAUAAUUCCGAUUCAUAUAGUAAUGAUAUGGACUAUAAUCAAAAUUUUGGAGGUGGUGUGACCGAUGUUGAAGAUUUUGAUAGCUACGCAGAUAUAGAGAGACCUCGAUCAAGAAGAUCAUCGAAGAAUAGCGUAGCAAUAAAGAAAGGAUUACCAGAUACUCAAGGCGAUGUGACUGAUGUUGAAGAUUAUAAUGAUAGCGAUUUAGGUGAAGAGGAUGAUAAAAGUGUAAUUUAUCCCGAGUUAAAGGUUUCGCUGCAGGAGUUUUUGCAACAUGACAUCCAAGAACAAAUAUCGACUAGUAAUGGCUUAAAAGAAAUGGUAGAACACAAAUCUGGCAAUUUUUUGCAAGCCCAAAAUCUAAAUACACUUAGCGAUUAUUUGACUGAUUAUGAAGACUACAAUACAGAGUCUGAAAUAGAAAACGAAUGCGAGAAAUCAGUAUGUGUUGAUUUGAAUGAGACGUUUGUGGAGCAAGGUCGAGUUAACAUAGCGGACACAACUGUAAACACUGAAGAUCACGAGGACUCCGAUUAUGACUACGAUGAAGUUUCAGUUGUAAGUGAUAUAAGCAAUAUGGCUUCGGCUAUAUCCGAUGUUACUGGAAAGGAAUUGCAUGCCAUGUCCGAAGAUGAAGUUCUAGAGUUAUCUGGUAAUGAGGAAAUUUGCCAAAUAUCAUGUUCAGAUUCCGAUUCUAUAUCACAUCAAGGAAAUAUUUCUGAAGAAGAUCUACUUAGUAGUGCUAGUAUGCCACCAUUAGAUGUUGCAUUCAUUCAUACCACGAAUAGAAUCAAGCUUAUAAACGAUCAAUUUGUGCAAGGUGCAAUUCCGAAAGGUAGCUUUUGCCAAAAAACGUUUUUAGAAGUAAAAGAAAACAAGAAGGAGGAAGUUUUAACCGAUAUUGAACGAUUUGAUGAUUCGGUGGCAGAAGGUGAUGAUGAUGACAGUUUUGAUGGUGAUGAUGACCAGCAACCAAUUCCUCAAGCCGUCGUUAUGGCUACACGUGAUGAGGGCGGAUGUGUCACAGAUUGCGAAGACAUGUUUUGUGACGAUAUGUCCGAAACAGGAGCAUCUGACAACGAAAGUCCACAUUCUGUUGACCUGAACGCUAUACCGCUACCACAAAGAGAGGUUGUAAUGCUUCAAGAAGACAAAUAUGGAGAUACCAUAACUAGUGUUAUGCCAAUGGACAAAGAAUACUAUUUUGGCAUGUAUGCAGCUGUAAAAGAUGAAUGUGUAACGGAUACUGAGGAAUUUUCCUGUGCAGAUGAUUUGAAUAGUCAAGUAACUGGAGUUGAAAUUCCAUCAUGUUCGCCAUCUCCUUCACCUAACAAUGUACUAGUUGAAUCUGAUGUCACUGUAGCAAACGAAGUGUUUAAAACUCAGCAAAGUAAACGUUUAGAAAUUAUAUCCAAUGCUGAGUCAGUCACAGAUGUUGAGGAAAUUUAUAUGGCCGGCACAAAUAGCAGAAAAAAGAAAUCGAAAACUCGAACCCAAUCCAAGGGUAAAUCUAAAUAUUUAGAAACUCCCAAAACAACAACCCGAGAAGACGGUGGUGGCACUGAUAUCGAAGAUAUGGAUCUUAGUGAAAGUGGUCUAUUCGUCGGCGCCUUUAAAUAUGUUAAGAAAUCUGAAGCCAACCGCCAAUCUAAUCAGUCUCAUUCCGAGAAAGUUACCGAUGUAGAAGACAUGACAGCCGAUGAUGUAUCAGAUGCAGAACUGCCUCCAAUAGAUGCGAACGCUACCAACUUCAAAGACUAUGAAUCCAGUAGUAAAAAUAUUGUAGUCACAUUAGAGACCUGUGGAUCGGCGACAUGUGCCAAACUUAACAGCCGCAAAACAGUGAACAAUGUUUUCCGUGAAAAUUGUCAAAACACACACCAAAAUCAACAGCAUACAGAUGUCGAAGACGUUCAAUUCCCUUCAGAUGCCGAAGAGUUGUUGAAUAACAGUGAACCAACAGUUGACUGUGUUUGCAACGAAUUAAGCGAAAUGCUAAACGAGAGCUGUACAACUGUCCACGAAAAAUGUAGCAAUAGCUUCAAUAUCGACGCCGAGAAAUUACACAUAAAGGGUAUGCAACGCGAAUCUCACACUGACAUUGAAUAUGUAGAGUCAGAUGAAUCGGCCGCUAGAGGCAGCAAAUAAUUUCGACUACAAUUAAUCCGCAACUUUAAUAAAAACAUUUCAAUCAAAUCAAAUAAUCAUUUUUUAUUCAAACCUAAAAUUAAUUUCAAUCACAAAACCAAUUCAAACCCUGCAAACAUACAUUCCAGAACCACAACCAAUUGUAUCUGUCGAAGCAAUUGCAACACAAG